GAUGCUAGAUGGCUUUGAUGUUAAGUGUCUCAAGUGUCAAAAACAUCAAAACAAACAUAACCUCCAAAUAGUGCCGAAAACCUGAAUUCGGUGAAUGAUUCUGCUACCCGAGAGCCUUUCCGCGAUGCAGAAAUAUGAAAAGUUGGAGAAAAUCGGCGAAGGCACUUACGGCACCGUCUUUAAGGCAAAAAACCGCGAAACCCACGAAAUCGUAGCUCUCAAAAGGGUGCGCUUGGACGACGAUGACGAGGGGGUGCCUUCCUCAGCUUUACGGGAAAUAUGCUUACUGAAGGAACUCAAACACAAAAACAUCGUCCGUUUAUAUGAUGUUCUCCACAGUGAUAAGAAAUUGACUCUAGUUUUUGAACACUGUGAUCAAGAUCUCAAGAAGUAUUUCGAUAGCUUGAACGGUGAUAUUGACUUAGACGUAGUUAAAUCCUUCAUGUACCAGUUACUAAGAGGUCUAGCGUUCUGCCAUAGUCAUAAUGUGUUACACAGAGACCUGAAACCACAAAAUUUGCUCAUUAACAAAAACGGCGAGUUGAAGUUGGCCGACUUUGGGCUGGCUAGGGCGUUCGGAAUCCCGGUGAAGUGUUACUCGGCCGAAGUGGUCACCUUGUGGUACCGGCCCCCGGAUGUCUUGUUUGGGGCCAAACUGUACACCACUUCCAUUGACAUGUGGUCAGCGGGGUGUAUUUUUGCGGAAUUGGCAAAUGCCGGUCGACCCUUAUUCCCGGGUUCCGAUGUUGAUGACCAGUUGAGACGGAUUUUUAAAUUACUAGGGACCCCCACUGAAGAAACUUGGAGCGGAAUGACUCAACUUCCCGAUUAUAAACCGUUUCCGCUCUAUCAGCCUAACAUGAGUUUAUCUCAGGUUGUGCCUAAAUUAGGGAACAGAGGUAGAGAUCUUCUGCAGAGACUACUAGUUUGUAACCCCAUGGGAAGGAUGUCCGCAGACGACGCUAUGGCGCACGCUUAUUUCAGUGAUUUAAAUCCAGCAAUUAAAAAUGACCGAUGCUAAAUUUUUUUAUUAAUUUUGAAACGUCCAUUCUCUAGUCAUAACCAAUUUUUUUAUUAUGUUUAUUUGGAGAUUAUAAUUCGGUGUAAACAUAGCCAUCUCACUUUCAAUAAACGUACUGAAACUGAGGUGACUAUUUUUCAUUACCAUUGGAUUUUUUCGUGAUGUAAACCAUUUUUAUAUUGAAAUAAUUGUAGGAAUAAACAACUCAUUUGAA